AGAGCUGUCUAUUGCUAUAUAUAGGUAUACACAUUGAUACAUAUACACACACACACACACACACAUCGCGCGUUUGCGCAGUCUCUUAAAUGCAGCAGAAAUUCGUCUGGUAUUUCCGUGAUGACAUUAGUAUUCCGUAGGUAUAAUUGACGUGUUGAUGUAUCCAUCAAAAAUGUUUUCUUCCAUAAAUACCGCUAACAUUUGUUUGCAAAUCGAGUGUUUUAUCGUGUUCAAGCCAAAAUUGUGAUAAAAUUCUAAAAUUUUGUUCACGAGAUGAUUCUUAGCAAAUGCGAUUUAUAUCAACAAUGGAAUGAUGCGAAAAAUGCAUAGAUUAAUGAUUAAUUUACGAAUUCUCCAGUUAAAUAGAUGAGAUAGUUUGUAAAAAUGGUGAAUGAUGAAGUAAUUUACUUCAUAGCAAGUCUUGCUUUGCUUUUUGUCAUUGUUGCUGCUGCAUUUGACAGUUUAUUAUGGGCAAUAUUUCUCUCUCUUGUAUAUAUAAUUGGCUUUGUAUGGGGAAUACAGGUUAUUCAGAUUAUUGGAACAUCAGUUUUCUCAAAAGAAAAAUCUCCAGUUUCAGUAGAUGAAUCAUGUGGAGUUUGUGGUAAUAAUCAAUGUAAGAGGCAUCGUAGAUCACCACAUUUGAAUCCUGUGCCUAAGGUUCCAAAAGGUUUUGACGUUGCUUUGGAACGUCUUCUAGAAGAAAUAUUGCAAACAUACGUAUGUACAUGGUAUUCUGAUUUAUCAUCCAAUGAAGCAUUUGUUCAACAAUUAAGAUUGGCUAUUGCAACAGCAGCGACAAAUAUUACUGGGCGAUUGUAUAAAGCUGACCUUUCACAUAUCAUUUUUAAUCAUCUUAUACCUAUAGCUGUGCAUCAUGCACGAGAUUGGCAAGAGUUGAAAAAAAGAGCUAAGGAUUUAGGAGGCACUCCCACAGACCAUAUUGCAGAUUUUUUAGGUUCAAAAAUUCAUCCUGCCGCAUACUCCAGAGAAGCAGAGCUCAAUUAUCUGAGGGGGCUUGUUGGAGCACUAUUGCCACAUUUAUUACCAGCUAUUCAUGUCUCAACAAAUAAUCAAGUGAUUCUCAGAGAGGUUCUUGCUAACUGGGUUUUACUGCCAGCGAUUGACGCACUUGCUGAUCCUGAUAAUCUCAAUAUGUUAAUAACUCUGUGCACACAUCAUGAAGGAAAAUUUUCUCAAUCUAUUGAUACCAUAUAUGUUCCCAUGCUUCAAACAUGGAUUUCGAACCCUCAAAAAAAUCAAUCCAUAUCAAAUACAUUGAAACCAUCACUGGAAGAAGUUUUAAAUGAUCCUGAAUUACUCUAUAUGUUUAUGCAACACAUAAAAGAUUCUGGAUUGGUAAAUUUGUUGCAAUUUUGUUUGGACAUAGAUGAUCUGAGUAAACGAAUGUUAAAUCCAGAAAUUACUCGUGAAAUUGAAGAGACUUUGUAUAUCGAUGCCCAAAAUAUAUACACAACUUACUUAGACCCUGAGAGUGCCGAUUUUUUAAAUUUACCAAUAUAUAUUUCACAGGGCAUGAAGCAGAUUUUAGAUCUUGGACCAGGGAAAGUACAGGAGCUAAGAACUUCCAGGCCUUUAUAUGAAGCCCAUCAAGAGGCUCACACGUUACUAGAAAAUACGUGGCUCCCUUCUUUUCAUCACACUUACCAAAUUUAUAAAUUUUUAUGUGGCGUACCGGUUACAAAUACUUCUGUAAAAACAAACAUUCAAAAUAGUAACGUUAGCAGCGGUAUAGGCGUUGGUGCUCGUUUAACUAGUCAACUAGGCAAAAUUCGGGGUGUAUUAAAGGCAUCCGCGGUCGACGGUUCACCUUUUCAUCCACAACACGUAUUUCAGGCUGAGGAAGCUAAUUGCACGUCGAGAGUUGUUGGGGCCGAUACGAAUUCUCAUCUACCAACAAAUCGAGAUCUUACAACCUGGCGCGUCACUGUUCCCCACGUCGACGGUGGAGGUGCCCAGCCUCUUUACAUGAUUUCAGUUCACAGCGUUUCCGAAGACAAAUCUUGGACGGUGCUACGUAGGGAUCAGGACUUUUAUGCAUUACGUGCUCGACUAUCAGAGUUUCACGGAGAUAAAGAACUGAACGAUUCGCCACUUCCGACAAGGAAGAAUCCACAUCCAUCUUUGACGGCAAAUAGGCAGCGAUAUCAGGAUUUUCUUCAGAAGUUAUUGGCAAAGCCAACAUUAAGGAGCAGCGAACUCCUUCACACAUUUUUAACGGUGCCUAAUCUCAAGCCUUACUUUACGAAUUACAGUACGCCAGAUAUUGGCGUGUUAUAUCAAAGUAUGGCACAUAAGUUGAGAAAGGAAAAAGGCCAGCAUUUGGAUAAGUUCAUGAGUAUGUUUUUGGCGUCUACUCAUGCCAAACAUGAUCCGCCCGAUUUAGGAGUUGAGCUGGUUGGGGAUCACAAUUUUCACGAAACUCAAAAAAAGGGACGAGAUUUGAAAAAGAUUGGACCGUUUAGAAAUAACUUGAAUUUAGAUCCGAGUAUUCAAAACUUUCCUUACAUUGUAAAUAAAUUGCAGCAUACCAAGGGUGCUUGUUUUUGUAUGGCCGAAGCUUUCGAUAGUUUAUUAGAUAUUUCUUCAACUACUUCUCGGAUAUUAUGGGUGCUAGCAUCUACUUUCCGCCAAAGUUUAGAUCCAUUUAUAAAUAAAUGGUUUCACGCUAUGAUAGUAAAAUUGCUAAGUGGCGGAAGAGCAGCGAUUGUCGUGAAACUUUUACAUUCAACUAUUUUUGAUAACGAAAACAAGGGCACCUCGCCAGAGACCAAAGCAGAAGAAAAUUAUAAGAAUGCUAAAAUAGGACUAUAUAAUCUCGUGCCAUGGUGGUCGAUUCAGAUACAUACCAAGUGGUGUAAAUUAAUGGACUCCCUCUUAGACCCGAUACAAAAUGCUUCUUUUAACAAGCAUUUGGCUUAUAUGCUGGUUGAUCAACUAUUGAUAAACUUGUUUCCCGAACUGACUUAAACGAAAACCAGCGUGCAUUAAAUAUUCUUUGUACAAAAAGUGAUAAAAAAUUAACGCACAGGAAUCAAAGAACUUUUGAUCAUUCGAUUGUUGAGAUGUACCUUUCAAGCAGCAUUUACAAAAGUGAUAUUUUAAUGAUAUUAGUGAUAAAGUUUGUUUUAUCGAUGUUUCGUUUUUUUUCUUCAAGCCAUAAGAAGAAAUUUUGUAACAGAAUUGCAUACUUACUUCGCAAUCUAUUUAUGUACAUAUUAAAUAAAGAAAUGUCGAGUUCUGAAUAAGAA